GAGAGCUAGGGCACCGCAAGUAGGCUAUACAUAUAUGCUGACUGCUGAAACCCUAUAAAACUGGUAGCGACCAAACAUUGAGCUAGCAACCAGCUAGCAAAGCCGAAUAGGGUGUAAUUGAAAAACUCUACGGUGCCCAUCACCGGGUCGAAGCCCAAGCGCAAGUGCUAUGGAUUGCACUAUGUUUUCCGGAUCUCAUGGCAACAGUUAAACAAGCUGGUGGUUAGGUUUGCCCAAGUCCCAAUCGACGACGACACCCAUUGCGGUUCUCUUCGAUUAGCUCUGUGCGUUAAGAAAAACACUUUUCCUUUGCAUGUGUAAUUAAUCGUGAUUUAUUCAUGUGUUACGUGCCCGUGAUUCUUCAAGUGAAAGAGCGUAAUGAAUUUUAAUGGGAUAUUCUCUAGUGUGAAAAAAUGAACUGUCGCCCAGGGGGUGGAACUCAGUCGAGAAACCGCAGAUUGAUACCUCAAAAAUUAAGUCACUUCUUCUCAAGUUUUCCCGAUUCGUAUGAGUUCCCCGCUCUUCCCGAUUGGCUUCUUCGACGGCCUAUGGGGAGUGUAUGGUGCGUGCCCAAGUCUCCGCAGCAGCAACAUCCACACGGUAGUCGGAAUACUGGUCGACGCAACCGAAUCGAACCCGAAUCGAAUGCUCAGUUUAUUCAAAGACGCCGAUCCAGCAGCAAAAAGAGACCCAGCAAAGUAGCCGACUUGACAUACAAGAAUACGUGGUCAUCUUUCCUGAAAACUUCUAAAUCCGAUCAGGUUACGUUUUUUCCUAUUAAAUCUCCGCCGUCCACAGUUGAAUCUAAUAGCAGACCAAGUGUUCGUUUCAACCAACGCCGGAGUUGGGAUGAUACGGUCGUGCUAGAGCGUCGGCCGUCCACCGAGAACCGCCAACGAAAACCUCUCAGUUCCAGUCCUGUCCGACGUCGUCCUUCUUCAAUGCGGGCCGAUUCCAGAAAAUAUUCCAAACUCGAAUCAAAGGCAUUGAGGGAAGCUUGGCUCAACGAAAAUGUCUACCCUCAAUUUGACAGCAGUUACUUGGCCGGCAGUGCGGCUCUGAUGGUUUCCAGUAUUGCACAACCGCCUACCGUUCGCAAGAGUUCUGCAUACACGCUGCGCGAGUACGUACGACCGUGUCCUCCCAUACCGCCAUACAGAUCGGGUAGACGAAGGGUCGAUUCAGUGGAAGCCAACGUUUCGUCGGGAACCAACAGCGACAGCUUUGUGACACCGGGCUCGAUGGAGAUGAGUGGAACGUCGACUUUGGCCACCACUUCGGGCUCUGUGAACGUCAAUGCCACAUCGUCGCCUACAACUUCGUUUGAUUCGAUGCAAGCGCGCUACUCAACUCGGCCAGCCGCACCGUCACCUCCAGACCGAUACGAACGUUCCUAUUUCCAGGACGAUAGUUUGGAAACGGCCGAAACCAGUCAAUCGGUGGAAGUACAAGUCUCUUCAACCCUGACAACUCGGAGCAGUAGCACGUCUAUGCAGCCUCACAUGUCUAGCGAAAGCUCAAUAGGGUAUCCGACGCUUUACGUCCAUAAUGUUGCGGCCGCAACAACGGCUCGUGACGUGCUCAUAAAGGAACGAGCCAUUUCUUCAGCCAACAGUCGUAAGUCUUGUCUCAAAGAAGGUAGUGCCAGGAAGUCUCGCACAACCACAUUCAAGGACCCGUCGAGAUUGGAGUGGACCAAACGCUAUCUUUUCACGCUUGCGCAACCCAGUCGAAGUAGUUACCACGAUCGCAGUUCAUCCAUGUCCCGUGUCUCCUCAUCUGAUCCUCGCGAUUUCCAAGUUUACACCGUUCAGCAGCGUCCAUGGCAGUCUAAUCCGGAUCUCAGGAUGCAAAAGUGGAAACCCAAUGCCGUUGCCGCAAAUGCAAUUGGACUGCACUCGUCCUCCGUUGACGACUCCCUGGACGUUGUAGAAUUUAUGAAACGGAAGAAGCAGUUCUUAGCUCAACUCCUUGAAGGACGGACAAAUGAAGAAGAUUCAUACAGGUCGUUGAAACGUGAACCACGUUCAUUGGCCCUAGUCCAAAGCGCGACUCGCAGUGUAUCUGCUGGUCGUAGUCGUAGCUCAGACAAUUCCGCCCAAUAUUCAACUGGUUACGGCUCCGACGAACUGGCGAGAUGGAAAGCCAGUAGCAGUGGCAGCAGCCGCAAUACGAAAAAGGCGAUCCCAGAUUACAGGAAAUCUCACGACACGCUGACACGAGAACUUGAAUUCAGAAAGAAACAGAAUCUAACGACAACAGCUCGGCCUUUUCAUUUCUCCACCGACAACCUCAUACCGACAGACAAAUUCUCAUUCGGAUCUGAAGGCGUUGACAUAUGCGAGAAGCCACCAUCAUUCUCCACCCAGCAGACACCUCGUCAUAAGCUUCCACCAUCUUCGGCUAGAUUGCGUUCACCCGAUAAACGGCCAAGAUCCAGUGUCAAGUUUGACUCACUUCAAUCCUUCACUGCACCAUUGCAGCCAGCUAGUGGCGAGAAUAAAGCUUCGGUUCUUCGGCGAACGUUGACAAAGAAAAAAUGUGAAGAACAAUUAGCAAAUAAUUGGCAACAGCAAGAGCGAGAGCGAGAACGACGACAUCGCUUGCGUGCCAUUCGCCUUGAUCCAGCUUGGACGCAGGUUCGUGGUGGAGAUCAAGCACUGGAAGAUAUUGCCCAUCGACGAUGCUACAAAGAGGUGGUGGAACGCGAGAGGCUCCUGCAGUACUACAUGGAUAAAGAAGAGAUGCUGAAUCGAGUUUGGCAGAUGCCUCCUUUGUUUGAAAGACAAGCAAUGGCAAAACGAGAGAUUCAUCCGCCUGGACUCCAAGUGUAUCCUGACAGAAUGUCUGCAACUAGUACAUCAUUCAACCCGGCGUCCAGUAGAUCUUCAGGCGGGGCCAGGAAAAAAACGUCGUUCAGAACUAGUCCGAAAACAGAGGAAAGUCUAGAUUGUUAUAUGGCCAGCGAGUCGCUUCAACUUUCUCGGCCGAGUACAGCCAAGAGCAGCACAAUAGGUUUAAAGUCAAACAGCGCUUACAAGCGCAACUGAACUUCUCUUUUAAGCUUGAUUAUCUUUAUCAGUCAACAUGUUUGCUUAGCUACCUGGAGCCCUUCAAUCACGAUGGUCUUGAAAAUCUGAAAAAAAAAAACACGUAUUUGAUUAUCUUUCUGCUAUUAAACAGCUUUCUUCGUUCAUCAGUGACCAAUUUCUACGUUUUUGUCCGUAAAAAAAUUAAGUGAAGGAAUACAAUUUCACAUUUCUUGUCAA